GUGCAAGACGUGUCGCCAGAGGAGGGCCAGCUACGCUGCCGGUGUGGUCAUCGCGCUGCCCGGCAUCAUCCAGACCCUGCAGCCGGAGGAUCCCGGUCCAUCUGCACCACGUGGAGGUGGCCAAUCGAGGUCCCCUGGAGGAGACCAGGGCAGCGCUCGCGCCACCAUGGGACCUGCUGCACCCGAAGCACGCCAGUCAGCAACCAGCUUGGCAAGCAGCGUGAGCAGUGCCAGCAGUAACGACAGCAGCGGAGGCCGAGAAGAUGGCCGUCAGGGAGCGGCGGGAGCGUCUUCGGCCUCGACGGGAGCCAUGGUCCAGCGAGAGGACAUUCUCGUGCUCACCCACGACGUGCGAGCCUUCAAGGAGGCCCUGGGGAGGCUCAGGAAGACCUUCGCCCCGGAGGCACAUGAAAAGCAGCGACGUGAGACGCGGCUGGUGGCCGCGCAUGAGCGGCUGGGCCAGGUUCUGCGCAUCCUCCGCUCCAUCCUAGAGAAGUACCCGCCCAUCCAGUCGGCCGAGCUGCUGGUGGCUGCCUCAGCGCUUAUACAGCGCGUCAAGGGACACGACUACGGGCCCGGAGGGUCGUCCUCAUCGCAAGCAUGCUUCGAGGCUGUAGACCACCUGGCUCUCGCGUUCAGCAGCAGGGUGUCCGAGUAUCUGAUGGGAGACCUGGAUACAGGCUCUACAAGCGCCAUUGGCAAGGCACGGAGUUGCGAGAACCUUCUGUCCCCGGACAAACAGGCGCCGACAACACGGUCCUAUGCAACCGCAAUGACGCUAACUGGUCCCGAGGCGGACGCCAAGUUGAUGCGCAUCGAUGACGGCGUCGAGUUUGCUCUGCGACGCGCCAAGGUGUGGUCCAAGUACGCCAAGGACGUCAUCAGCUAUGUCGAAAAACGCGCAAACCUCGAGGCCGAGCACGCCCGGAACCUGCUCAAGCUGGCGCAGACGAUGCGGCCUGUCCUUAAAGAAGAGAGCUUCCUGCCGUUCCAGUCCAUCUACUGCACGGCCAUUGACCAAGACCUGGACAACGCCAACAACUGCCUCUCAAACUGCACGCUUCUACACGACCACAAGUUCGUCGAGCCUCUGUCGGCCAGGAGGAACGAACACGAGAAGGCACGCAAGCAGCUCAAGGAAGCGUGGCACCGAGAACUGAAGCGAAUGCAAGAGCUCGAGGCGAACGUUCGCAAGGCCCGCGCGCUGUACGUGCAGCGGCACCAGGAGCACGACAAGGCCGCCCAGCGGGCUGACGGGGACGAGCGACGACGUCGCGUCGAAGAGGACGCCCUCCAGAAGGCCCGCGAGGCCGAGACCACCUACAAGGCGUGUGUCGUGGAGGCCAACGAGCGCAUCGUCGCGCUGGAAAGAACUAAGGCGGAGGUGCUGCAGCAAGUCCGUGAGCUGAUGUGCCAGUGUGACCAGACCAUGAAGGCUGUCACGGUAGCCUAUUUCCAGCUGCAACACACCGUUACCGCACCCGCACCCAUUCAGGAGUCCCUGGCUGACAAGCCCGACUUGGUGACGCACCAAACGGAGUCACGCAGGGUACAUGAAGCUGAACUGGAGCCACUGGACCAGACUGCACUCGACGUCAGGCUAUCUUCUGAAGUUGACCGCAUGUUGCGCGGCACCACUGCCACGUCGCGCCCGGCGGGCUGGGCCGGUGGCACUAGCGAUUCGGAAGGCAGCAACCGGUCGGGAGACACGAGUCCUGCUGCCAGCCCGCAGGCGUUGGCACGAACCAUGCUGCUCACUGUCUCAUCGGGAGACGAGCUGGACACCGACCACGACAACGAGCGAGCGGCAGGGCGACCCAUGUGUCUAUCCCUGGCCGCCGAGACGCACUCUUUCCGCAAGCUACGCACGCCUUCUCGCUGUCGAGAGUGCGACUCCUACGUCUAUUUCCAAGGAGUCGAGUGCUCGGAGUGCGGCCUGUCCUCACACAAGAAGUGCCUCGAGACCCUGGCCAUCCGGUGCGGCCACAAGCGGCUGCCGCGCAAGAUGACCACCUUCGGCGUCGAGCUUGGCGGGCAGCCGGCGGACGAGGUGCCCUACAUCGUGCGCCGAUGCAUCGCCGAGAUGGACGCGCGAGGCUACGGUGUCCGCGGUCUUUACCGUGUUUCCGGGGUCAAGUCCAAGGUGGAGCGCCUGUGCCAGUGCUUCGAAAACGGCGCCACCCUGGUCGACCUGAGCGACUCACCCCCGCACGUGGUCGCCAACGUGCUCAAGCUAUACCUGAGACAGCUGCCCGAACCUCUGCUCACCUACCGUCUCUACCCGCACUUCAUCGCGCUGGCCAAGGAGCAUCCGGGUGGGACCAGCGUCCCCCACCAUCACCACCAUCCGGAAGAGGAUGAAGAAGACUUGGGAGAGGACGACAAGGACGAAGGCGACCAUCAUCACGACGACGAAGAGGAAGAGGCCGUGGUGGCAGCACUGCGAUCACUGGUGGCGCAAUUGCCGCCUCUGCACGCGCGCACCCUCGCAGCACUGCUGCGUCACUUGGCGCGUGUGGCGGCGCACUCCCACCUCAACCAGAUGCCUGCAGGAAACCUCGCCAUCGUGUUUGGUCCCACCCUUUUACGAACGAGGCAAGGCAGCGCCUCGCUGAGCUCUUUGGUGGACACGGUGCACCAGACACGCGUCAUCGAGCUACUCAUCAUGUACGUGGACCGCAUAUUUCCGGACGAGACUCCACGCCACAAACAGGAGCCGCAAGUAGCCGAGGAACACUACACCCUACUCGAGGCUGUCACGCUCAGGCGGUGCUCGUCGGCUGGUGACGUUGAGUGUACGCUGCCGGAUGAAGCGACGACGCAGAGCCAGGACAGUGACGAUGCCGCCGAACCUGUUGUACUCGCCAGCCAGUUAACAGGUGGCGCAGCACAUCACUGGUGCAGUGGCGGUGGUUCUGAAGACGCCGAGUCCGAGGCCAGCGACGAAGGUGGCCUACAUCAACCGCCUCUGGCCAACAGCGGCAGCAGCAGCAGCGGAGGCCUGGACAGACCUGGUGCGCCUUCAAGUGCAUCAGAGGAUGCCGCCGAGCCGGUGGCGCCUGUGCCUCCUCCACGCAGAUCCGCAGCCCGGAGGGUCGAGGCGAGAAGCUGCACGCGCGACACCUGGAGUACAACCACAUCGUCUUCUUCACAACAGAGUGCCCAGUCGAAGGCAUGCAAUAUGGCCGAACUAAGGCGGCAGUUCUUUGAGGCGCCGUGGGGCGGCGCCAGCCUGGAGGAGCUCACGGCAGCGGGGACGCGGCCCUCGCUGUUAGCGCGCCACCUGUUGGGGACGCCCGCUCGCACUUCAAGUGAACCACAGCUGCCGGCGAACGACGGGAGUUGCAGAGCUGGGCUUUCCUUGAGUGGAUCGUCUCGGCAAACCACAUCCCCGCAUGUCACCGAAGCUCGUCGCAGAGUGCACAGUCCGCUACGCGAGAGCGUCUCCCUCAAGAAACACUGGUUCAGCACUGACGAAGCUAGCAGUAGCAGCAGCAGCUGUGGACCAGGAGGAGGCGACGCAGGCGACGCCCCCUCUACUACACAGCCAAUCGCAAGCCCGCAGCCACCAAGGCACGAGUGAAGUGGCACCACCAAACGACCGCUGCACGAACGUUUGUAGUGUCAUCCUUGCAAUGAACUGAACAUCGCCUUUCACACCCCCACCAACGUUCGCUGCUCAGUGACCAAAGGAACGCUCGUCCAAAGAUCACUUUGAGGCCCUCAAAAACGCAGCGAACCAGACCAGAUGGUUACGACAUGUGGAUGCCCAGGUAGUGGAUUCUAUUUGCAAUGUCUGCACAGUGCAAAAGCUUAUAAAAUGUGGUAAAAUGA